AUGAAGAGCCGCCGCCGUCACUGGCCUGCCGCUGUCGGUGCCAGACGAUCUCAUCGGGCUCACGACUGGGAUCGCCUGAUGACGCGCAAGGUUCGCUGGGUUCGGCGUCGCGGGCUGCCGCUUUCCCGAGGUGCAUCGCGCGCUCUCUCAUUUCCGACCGGGCCUAGGCUGGCUGGGGACGCCGGCUUCAUCCGAGGAAGGUGCCACGACGAGGCCGCGUUGCCAAGCUUGGCAGAUCGCAUCAACGAAUGGUGCAACGUUGACAGUGGUCGAUGGAGAACGAGCGACAUAAGCGGGUCUAGCAAAGGCAAGGGGAAGCGGCCGGGAAUGGGCAGAUUGGCACAUUGGCAGCCAGACGGCAGCCAGACGACGCGCCGAGCGGUGCCAGCAGCAGCAGCAGCAGUCGUUGCUGCUGCCGCCGACGCCGCCAAAAAGUGUUGGUUCGGUUUGGCGCGACCGAUUUUCGAUCGAGGCGCGUCGGCCAAGCGCGGCGAGUUGGGCCACUCGCAACUCGCGCGAAACGGCCAAUUCUCGAAAGCUGAAUCCUGGCAACUCGGCGUGUUGGCUCAAUGCGAGUCUGCAGCUAAUGGCCUCACUCGCGACCGUCACACUUCGUCACCUCUUCGACACCGUCACCCGCCUCUCGACAACGUCACACCCAUCGCCGCACAUCACACGCAGCUCGCACGGCGCAUCCGACAUUGCCCUUGCGCACCUGCUGUCGCCUGGCAGAACCCGGCUACUUUCAACACUAGUGGCAUCUCGCUCACGCGCACCAUGGACAACUACCAGAGGAUCGAAAAGGUCGGCGAAGGCACGUACGGCGUCGUAUACAAGGCCAAGGACCUCACGCCAGGCGCCAACGGCCGCAUCGUCGCGCUCAAAAAGAUCCGUCUCGAGGCAGAAGAUGAGGGCGUCCCCUCCACAGCCAUCCGCGAGAUCUCAUUACUCAAGGAGCUCCGCGACGACAACAUCGUAAGACUGUUCGACAUUGUGCACCAGGAGAGCAAGCUGUACCUCGUGUUUGAAUUCCUCGACCUCGACCUGCGCAAAUACAUGGACAACGUCUCGCGGAACCGCAACAGCGAAGGCAUGGGCCCCGAGAUCGUGCGCAAGUUCACCUACCAGCUCAUCCGCGGCCUCUACUACUGCCACGCCCACCGCAUCCUCCACCGCGACCUCAAGCCGCAGAACCUGCUCAUCGACAAGGAGGGCAACCUCAAGCUCGCCGACUUUGGCCUCGCGCGCGCGUUCGGCAUCCCGCUGCGCACCUACACCCACGAGGUGGUCACGCUCUGGUACCGCGCUCCCGAGGUGCUGCUCGGCUCGCGCCACUACUCGACCGCCAUCGACAUGUGGUCCGUCGGCUGCAUCUUUGCCGAGAUGGCCAUGCGCCACCCGCUCUUCCCCGGCGACUCGGAGAUCGACGAGAUCUUCAAGAUCUUCCGCACGCUCGGCACCCCCACCGACGACAUCUGGCCGGGAGUCCAGCAGCUCCCGGACUACAAGGACAGCUUCCCAAAAUGGGCCGGCAAACCCCUCCGCCAGGCCGUGCCGGGACUCGACGAGACGGGUCUCGACCUGCUCGAAGGCAUGCUCGUCUACGACCCCGCCGGACGCACCUCGGCCAAACGCAGCCUCGUCCACCCGUACUUUAGGCAGCUCCUCACAUAG